GGGUGCACUCCCCACAGAAGAAAUAAGCAGACGCAAUUUAUCUUGCCAUACCUCAUGAGUAAUAAUUGCCCUUGGUUUUUAACCUCAAUUCGAAAAAAAAAGGAAUAAAGAAAACAUAUUAAAGCAACAGAAAAUUCACGGCGAUCUCUCUUCACGCACAAUGGUGGACAGACGCCUGCAUUGCCUUUUUGCCCUACUUUUCUUCUUAACCAUUUUGAGCCUCUCCUCGUGUAAAGCAGUGGCUGGAGGCUUUUGCUCCUUUAACAAUGACUUCAUUCGAGAAAGACACAAUGAUUUGCGGCUGAAGCAUAACGCCGAUCCGCUGCGUUGGAGCACACAGCUGGAAAAUGAAGCAAGCGCUGAAGCCAAACUGAUAAAGGAGAUCUCCAAUUGCAAUGUCAUGGUGAACCAAAUAAACACAAAUUAUUUUACCAUUUCGCCCAGCAGCAAAAUUGAAUCCGCCGUCGAUACAUGGUAUGAAGGCAUUAACAACUAUGACUUUGAGUUAGGACCCAUCCGCCGGGGGGACGACACCGUUUUUGAAUUCACCAGGGUUGUAUGGAACAGCGCUGAGCACAUCGGGUGCUCAAGUGCCUGCUGCAGCAACAGCGGGGUUUUAAUUUGUAAAUAUGACAGCAACACCAAUCAGCCAGGUCAUUUCGCCGAUAACGUUGGGACGCUUGACCCAAUGUUCGUUUGGGAAAACUUCACAUUUGCGCCAGAACAAAGACAACUAGCCAGUGAGACAAGUCAGAAUGAUAUCCCCCCUUCCCCCAUUUCAUAAACAGAUUUGUGCGUAUAUUACCAAUUUAAAACGUUUCGCACAACAUUGUGGGUAAAAUGCAGUUAAAAUUUUGCAAUUUGCGUGAAGCAUAUUCCAUUUUGUGUAAAAAAGAAAAAAAAGAAAAACGACGCGGUGGUUGGGAAACCCCUUGACUCUCUCCCUCGAUCAUUUUUU